GCUACAAUGGAUGGUAACUCAGGAGACAGUGCUGUGGAUAGCCUUGGAGACUCCAUGUUUUCAGGAUCAGUUCCACUACAGGAUGAUGGAGAGGAGACAUUACAGUCAGUUGAAAAUGACGACGAACCCCGAGAUAAUGAACCCCUAAGAGAACAGGACAGAUUUCUUCCCAUCGCAAAUGUUGCAAGAAUAAUGAAGAAAUCAAUUCCAAAGUCUGGUAAAAUUGCAAAAGAUGCCAAAGAAUGUGUUCAGGAAUGUGUGUCAGAGUUCAUCAGUUUCAUUACCAGCGAAGCUAGUGAGAGAUGUCACCAAGAAAAGAGGAAGACAAUUAACGGAGAAGACAUUUUGUUUGCAAUGUCAACCUUAGGUUUCGACAGUUAUGUUGAACCACUGAAACUAUACCUUCAAAAAUACAGAGAAUCUGCUAAAGGUGACAAGUCAGGACAGCUACCAGAGGAAGGUAGACUAGAAGAUCUUUCAGAAGACAGUUUCAAUCCCCACACAUUACAAAGCAAUAUCUUGGCAACAGAUCAACAGAACGUAAUAUACACAGCGACAUAUCCUUCAAACCAG